UGAUUUUGGAGAGAAGAUUGGUCCUCAGUUCCACCUUAGACAAGCUGAAUUUGAGUCACCUUUGAGACUCCUAAUUGGGAUGUCAAUGUUGUCAAUUGAGUAGACAGGUUGCAGUUCAAUGUAAAAAAAACAAACACAAAAACCAAGAGAGAGAGUAAUGAUAGAGUCCAAGUCGACCUCCAGGGGACCCUGCCCCCUGGUACUCAUGCUUUGUGUAAACCUCAUAAAGCAUUAUUAUUGCCGAAAGAACAAACAGGAUAUAUAUGUAUUGUCCCUCCGCAAAUCAUAAAGCUUAGCAGUGUUUUCCUUGGCCCUGCGGGGAUUUGGCUUGGGAGGAGACAGUGCCCAGGGUUCCGCUCCAGGUGCAAACUGGAGGCACGAGACUGAUGUGGGAAGAGGAGUGGACUUGGCCGAGCCAACUUCCUGGGUUCCAGCCCCGAUUCUCCAGUGACCCAGGCGCGGUGCUCCUGCCUACAGACUACAGAGGGUUAAAAAGCCAGCGCUGCUGCCGGGCUCCGCCCCAAGCUCGCUUUCCAGACUGCGCAACCGCAAAGGAUCCGCCGGCAACUGCUGGACAGUCUUGCGCGUCCAAUCACAGACGACGCUCCGCUUGUUCCCGCCUUCUAAGCGGGAGGACCAAUCAACAUUGAGAGCUAACCCCGACCUUCCCAGGGUUCCUGCCGCGGAGUGUGUGGAGCUGCUGGUUGGCUCUCCUCUGGCGGCGCGGGGGUUUCCGGGGCCUGGGACCCGGUUCCGACCUGGCUUCCCGGGAUGUCGGUGGCCUUCGUACCGGACUGGCUGCGAGGCAAGGCGCAAGUCAAUCAGGAGACCAUCCAGCGGCUCCUGGAGGAGAAUGACCAGCUGAUCCGCUGUAUCGUGGAGUAUCAGAACAAAGGCCGGGCGAACGAGUGCGUCCAGUACCAGCACGUGCUACACAGAAAUCUCAUUUAUUUGGCUACCAUUGCAGAUGCCAACCCAACCAGUCCUUCCAAAGUGAUGGAAUGAUCUUCCAGGUGGCUGUCGUGAGGAGUAAUCGAAAGUAAUACAUUUCCUAUGAAACAGGGAGGAUCUUUACCAACUCCACUGCUGAAAACAUGAAGGAAAUCUCUGUGUCUCUUUUAAGUGUGAAAAUGUGAAGAACUAAAAUAACUGUAUUCCCAUGUAAAUAUUUAUUUUAAUAAUUAAGCAGAGUCCCUCAA